AUGGAGCGGGAUGAAAAUAUCUACCUCAAACUACGACAAAGAGAAUAUUGGCCCAAAGAUGGAUACAGGAGAAAUUGUAAAAUAUUGAAGACUAUUGUUUGUAAGGGUAGAAUAAAGUUUAGAAAAGUUUGGGAGAAGCAAUCAACAAGACAUAUAUCAUGCGAAGGGAUAAAUUAUUUAUUUUUUGAUAAUUAUCGACUACAUUACUCAGGGUCUAAUCUAUCUGGAUGUCCUCAUCAAUCUUAUCAUCUGCCCUCAGUCAGUAAAGAUAGAAAAAUAGAAGAUGCUUUGAUACUUCAUUCUUCUUUGGAUUCGUUAAUUUUACCACGAGAAGAACAGGCAGAUCAGCUGAUUUCUAUAACAGCUAAUAAUAUAUUACGUAUUUAUAAUUCUUAUACUGGACAGAUAUUACAUGAGUUAAACAUCAACUCAAGACUUAAAUUCAGAGAAAUAGCCUGGGCUGUAGAUCAAGAGACGUUUGUUAUUAGAUCAGUACAUAAUAAAUUAACACAGUUUGACAGGCAGGCAGGAAGAGAGAGUACUAUUGUGAAAGUAAUAGCUGUAUUUGAUGUUUUACCAUUAAAGUUUGUUGGAAUGAUUGAAAUAGAUAGACAGAUAUGGGGUAAAGAUGUUAUAGACAGUAUGGUAGCUGGUGGGAUGUUAAUUAUCAUGCAUCAAUCUGGCUUUGUUAGAUUCUUCAGUUUUCAUCACAUUCUUAAACAGUAUGGCAGCAGUAUUAACCGAUCCACAACCAGUGUUUCUGUGAAUAUAUUGGUAACAGAAUACCCCCCUGUACUUCUGGAAGUGAAAUGUUCGGAACAUAAUGUUCAGAUGGGUGGUUUCCCUUGGCACUAUAUGAUAACACCUCAUGGUAGUUUGGGGCGCUAUUCUGUAUGUUCAUUCAUGGACAGACAAGUUAUAGAAGGAGGCAGUCUACAUUAUGACCAUGAUAGUGUAGAAUUAGAUACAGCUACAUUCCAUGAUGACGAGUCUGGUAGAAUAGUACAUAUUGGUUAUAACAAUGUCAGAGUUUUACAGAUAGUAGAAUCAGAUGACAAUAAAUGUAAAUUACAAGUCAAUUUUCAUAUAGUUGUUCAUGAUCAGAAUGAUGAGAAAAAAGAAGAUGUUUUCAAUAAAUUUAGUUCAUCUGGAAGACAGAUAAAAAGGAAAAUUAGUUUAGAUGAAAUUAGAGAAGAGAAUAAUAAUGUGACUAUCCAUGAUGUAGAUUAUGAAAAUGAAUUGGAUGUAUUGUGUAUUAACUCUGUUAUAAAAGGGACCGAAUCAUCUGAAGGUUUCCUGGGAAUUUAUGAUAACUAUAACGGCCGGUUAUUGAGAGAAAUAAAACUCUUGGAACCAUUUUCUGAGUUCUGGGAACACAGAGUAAUUUUAGAUCGAGACACUAUAAUUCAGAUUAUAAAGUCAAGCAGCUCAAAAGUGUCUUGUAUUGUGUAUAAACUAUUUUGUGUUACGGACGAUUCACAUGAUAUACCAAGCGGGAAACAAGCCAGAAAAACUGAGAUUCAGACCACGAGGAGAUCAAGGGCAAGGAGAAGAUAA